UCCUCGCCCUUUAUCUCAGUGUCCUCGGGGAGUCUCAAGCAGCCCGGAGGAGACUGACGGUCCCUGGGACCCUGAAGGUCACCCGGGCGGUCCCCUCACUGACCCUCCAAACGCCCCUGUCCUCGCCUCCUGCCAUUCCCCGCCUGAGUCUCAGCAUGGCGGAUAAGAGCAGCGAUGCGGCUGGGGAACCUCGCCCUGCACCAGCCCCAAUCAGACGCCGCUCCUCCAACUACCGCGCUUACGCCACGGAGCCGCACGCCAAGAAAAAAUCUAAGAUCUCCGCCUCGAGAAAAUUGCAGCUGAAGACCCUGCUGCUGCAGAUUGCAAAGCAGGAGCUGGAGCGAGAGGCGGAGGAGCGGCGCGGAGAGAAGGGGCGCGCUCUGAGCACCCGCUGCCAGCCGCUGGAGUUGGCCGGGCUGGGCUUCGCGGAGCUGCAGGUACCGGCUCCCAAGGCAGGUACUCCUGCCCAGCCUGGGAUCCGAAGUUUCUAGUCCCCGGAAUUCAGCAGAACAGCCUCUAUCCCCUUUUCUGCUCGGGACUCAGGCGUCCAAUAUGUCUGUCCUUACCUAAUUCUAUAUGGUUCGUGGGACUCCCGGCCCCUAACACCCUUUGUGUGCAGGUCUCUGGAGUCUUGGCUCCAACCUACUCCUUCAGGACCAUGUGGCCCUCCUAUCCCAGACAGGAGUCCAGGCCCCAGCCCCUCCUCCCUCAGAGCUGGAUG